AUGGAGACGGACAAUGUUUUAAAGCCAACUCCGUCAUCGGGAACGAGUUCGCAGUCUGUCUCUGUCGUGCGCCACGAGUACAGCGAUGUGUCAUAUGAGGAAGAGGCUUCACAUGGCGCCGUUCACACCUUGUUGCCCUCAGAUCUCGAAGGACUGAGCACCGAGGAGGCAAACACCAUCCGAAACCGUCUGCGUUUGCGGCUGGGAGUGAUGCCUGGGACAAAACUGGCCCUGUGGCCCAGUGGGCUACUGGAGGUCUCUGGGCAUGCACUGCAUGAGGCGGUUUCGGCCCUUGGACUCACCCGUUACACGGAGGAAGAGGUGAACGAACUCGUGAAUCGCCUGGCAGAUUUCGUGGGUUUGCGUUUCAGAAACGAAAAGGAACACGGUGGUCGCCCGACCAUCAUCGGCAACAUCUUUGGUGCUGCAGCCGAGGCAAAGAAACCUCUAGGCUCUGCCAUUUGGGAAUGGCCUGAGGGCGAAACCCCUGGGCGUGGAGCGCUCAGGAGUACCAGGACCACCUUCAAGUUGGUACAUCAACAGGCCAGUUCCAGCUACAACGUGGUCCCAGCCGAGGUCUUGAUUGAAGUCUUCCUCGCCCGGGAUGGAGAAAUCCACAAAAAGAUCUUUGGAGCUCAAGUGGCGCAGUUUAAGGCGAUGCGGGAAAUCUUGAUGGCUAGCGAUACCAAUCGCUUCUUGGCGCAACGCGCUGUCCGCGCGCUGUCGUGUAUACUGAGUCCUGGUGGAGGUGACAGGUUGACUUUUGUGCGCAUUAAUGACUUAGCAGCUCCUCCGGAGCCUACGCAUCCGCUUAUGUACAUCGAGCCAGUGGUGGCCAUUCUGAUCGUUCUCAAUGGUGUGAUGAUUGGGUUCCAAACCGAUCCCGCCUUUGAGGACUGGACGGGAUUCUUCUACAUCGAAACGGCGAUGUUCUCCUUUCUGCUGCUGGAGAUCGCUCUGCGGAUGCAUUUGUUGAGAUGGGGUCCCUACUGGUGUGGGCAAGACCGCUAUUGGAACUGGUUUGAUUUGUUCCUAGCCGGGACAGCAUUGGUGGACCUCUCCACGCAAUUGGUGGCGGAAGACAGUUUCGACAUGUUCGGAGCUUCGUUAUUGCGUUUUUUUCGUCUGAUACGUCUGGUCCGCAUUGUAAAACUAUUUCGUGUGAAAUUUAUGAAAGAUUUGCGUUUGAUGGUGAAGGGUUUGAUUGCAGGCAUCAAGACCUUGGCUAUGGCAUUUGCAUUACUCUUUGCCGUGCUCUAUGUGAUCUCGGGCUUUGCGGCAAUCACAGUUGGUAAGGACCAACGAACCAAAGAUGUGCAUUUGGAUGAGUACUUCCACAACAUCCCUGCCUCCAUGUUCACUGCCUUCAGAUGUUUUACAGGAGAGUGCAUGAAUGAAGCGGGCCAGCCCAUCACUCACAUGCUGGCGGCUCAAUUUGGACUUCCUUUCAUAUUGGCUUAUGUUGCUUCGUAUAUGCUGGUGACUAUGGGCAUCUUCAAUGUAAUCUUGGCGGUCUACGUGGACAUCACCAUGCGCGCCGCCAAAGAGAACGACGCCACCACCGCAGAGCAGUACUCGCGAGAGUCGGUGCGCAUCGCACGAACCACGCGGGAACUGCUGAAGAAGUUCGCAGGGGCCUACCAUCAGUUUCAAAACUUGGAAGAGCCGGAUAUCGCAAAUGCCCUCCAUGGCAAAUCCAAAAGCAGGAUUGACGUCGGCUCGGCUAACCUCUUCGCGGAUGAAGUCACGGAAAACAUCGCCAUCUCCAAGGAACUCUUUCUCCUGGUGAUUCAAGAUCAUCAUGCGCAAAGCCUCAUGGAUGAUUUGGAUUUGCCCCACGACCGUGCGAAUCUCUUCGAGAUCAUCGAUGCUGAUGGUUCUGGCACGCUGGGGCUGCCUGAGCUGGUGCAAGGUCUGCUGAAAAUCCGUGGUGAAAUCAACAAAAGCGACACUGUGGCAGCGUUACUGGCUACGAAGGCGGUCCAAGCCCAAGUGAGCGACUUGAUGCAGGAGAGCAGCAAGAAACUGGAGAAGUUGGAAAAAGAAGUGCAAUUGCGUUUCGCUGACAUGUCUUUCACGUUGAACCAUGCCAAGAUCUUCGCUGGUGAGGCGAUGCCAACGAUGCCAACCAGUGCCAUCAAUCCUGGUGUCAACGCAGUGAACCAGUCGCCCUCAAUGAGUGCCGGCAGUGCCGGUGCUGAGAACGGGGCCGAGAUCGCCCAUCUUCAAGGAUUUCCCAGCUUGGCGGGUCUGCCUCUACCAGUUCGUCCAGGGCUGCAACUUGAAGAGGAGGCCGAUCCGAAAGCAUGAGACAGAGCUCUGGUGCACGAGGUGAUGAGGCCUCACCCCAGAUCUGAAGCAUGGUCCGGUUUUUGACCACCAUGGCUUUCACGCCAUGGCUUUUCGUGGCAAACUUCACCUGUUCAUCCAAAGGAUGCACAGAUUUUCGGCUGGUGCCGCUGAUCCCACCUACGUCAUGGUGCUGCAUAGGUCAUCACAAAUCACAAAUCCAAAAGGGAAGGACAAAAGACAUACCUUGAGACGCUCACACAGUUUGGAGUGGCAGUCACAUCUUGGUCAGCCCAGC